GUUUAUUAUCAGCAUCAACAAAUCGUCGAUAAUGAGAGUACUGGAGCUAUACAGCGGUAUCGGGGGAAUGCAUUAUGCGCUCCGUGAAAGUGGAAUUACAGCAAAAGUCGUCGCAGCAAUUGACAUAAAUCCAAAUGCAAAUGAUGUUUAUCGUCACAAUUUUCCAGACACCGUUCUCAUGAAUAGAAAUAUUCAGUCUAUUGAUGCAGAAGAAUUGGAGAAAUUGGAUGUAGACACUAUACUUAUGAGUCCUCCGUGUCAGCCUUUUACUAGAUUAGGAUUAAAAAAAGAUGCUCUUGAUAACAGAGCUUGCUCUUUAUUACAUAUUUUGAGUUUGAUACCAAACUUAAGAAAUUUAAAAUACAUUCUGCUGGAAAAUGUCAAAGGUUUUGAGAUAUCGGAAAUGAGAGACAAACUAAUACAUUGCGUGGAAAGCUGUGGAUAUGCCUAUAGAGAAUUAAUAUUAAGUCCAUGUCAAUUUGGUAUACCAAACAGUAGACUUAGGUAUUAUUUACUGGCAAAGAGAAAUAAUUUGAAAUUUUGUUUCAAACAACCCUCAUUGGAUAAUUGCUUAUCCUCUGAAUUACUCAAAUCACUGCCACAAAGUAGGCAUUCUGUAUUAGCAAAGAAAAAUGGCAAGAUUAAUCCCAAAUCUGACAGGAUAUGCUAUACAUUAGAUAACAUCUUGGAAAACACUGAGGAAUCAAGAUAUUUGAUACCCUCAAAAUUCUUACAAAAGAGAGCAUGGGUGUUAGAUAUACGAACAUCUGAAAGCGCUGGUUCUUGUUGCUUCACCAAAGGAUAUGGACAUUACGCAGAAGGUACAGGAUCUGUAUAUUGCCCAUUCACGGAUGAAACAAUUAGAUUGAAAUACAGUGAAGCUGACAAUCACAAGAAUAAUUCGGAUAAACAGGUACAGAUUCUGUCAGAUUUGAAACUUAGAUUUUUUUCACCUAAAGAAGUUUACAGAUUAAUGUGUUUUCCAGAAAAUUUCGAUUUUCCAAAGCAUAUUACAGAUAGACAAAAGUAUAAAUUGUUAGGAAAUUCAAUCAAUGUUCAUGUCGUUAGCAGGUUGAUGCUUUUAUUACAUAAUGAAAAUGAAAAUAUAUGAGAAAUAAAAUUAAAAUUAAUAUUAAUAUUAAUAAAACUAUCAUGCAUUUUUUCAUCCUUUCACCCUAAUUUAUAUGCUUAUAUAUGUAAUAUAAUAUAUGCUAUAUGUAGUUUAUAUAGUAUAUAUAGGUCAUAAUGCAAUAUAAUA